AUGAGAAGCAGUGUAGGGGUUGAUCAUGAUAACCUGAGAGCAUCAAAGAAAAUGAAGAAAGAAUCCAAUGGCCCUGUGAUGAAGCAUCAGCCCUCUGAGUUUGAAAUAAGCAAAAGUAGUCCUGCCAGUGAGACUCUGAAAAACAUUCAGAAGCGCAGUGGUAUUUCUCCUGGCAUGGGAAAGUAUGGUUUAUCUUCAUCAGGUAAACAUUCUCAUGGUGAAGAUAAAGUCUUCUCAGAUGUGGUCAUUAAAACAUCAGAUACAGAGAACUCUGGCCCUCGAGACUCAUCCAUUAAGAAGAGAAAAUUGAAACAAAGGCCGUCAAGCCAACAUGAUCUGGACCCACGCUGUAGCAAUACUGACACAAAUGGUAUUACAAAACAAAAUAUUAGUGAAACUAAUGCUGUGAAGAAAACAACCAGGCCAGAACUGAAGUUGUCAAAGACAGAUAGGACAACUACUGAUUCUAGAGGCACAGUUGGUGGAGUUGAUGAUAGGAUAUCUACUGACAAAAGAGUGUUUAAAAACUAUGAUCUUGGGUCUGAUUGUGAUAAAACUAAGGCUCAUAUUUCUGGUUGCUUUAACGGAGACGUGGGUCAUCAUGUUCAGAAGGAUAGGGACUUGCUGAAAGAUAAACAAGACGUGAUGAAUGCAUGCCUUAUAAACAAAGGUUCUGGACUCGGUAUUAGAAAUGUCCAGUUGAAUCCUGAACAUAAAAUCAAUACAGAUGUCCAUUCAUCACAUGACAACCAUGGUCACAAGCAACCAACAGGUCGUCAGAAUGGGAAAACACCGCCCCAUUUCGGUUCAAACCAAGGUGACCAUGCAAACUUGACUUAUGGGAAUAUUAAGCCUGAUAAAGGGAAUAUACCACAUAAGGACCAGAAAACAAAUCCAUCUGCAGUCAAAGGAAGCAAGCAGCAGCCAUCCUUAAUCAAUGCAUCAAAUGGUGAUGCCUCUUACAAGGCAAAACAAAUAGAAAAGGCUGUUAUCGGAAAUUUGGAAACUAGGAAGCACGUAACUCUCAAUGGCAAUGCUUCAAAUCUAACAAGCGCAUCUGUUCUACUGAAGGAAGCUCGAGAUUUGAAGCACUUGUCUAAACGUCUUAAGGAAAAAGAGGAUGAAUUUGAGAGUACAAGCAUGUGCUUUGAGGCGGGUCUGAAAUUUCUCCACGUUGCUUCUCUGUGCGAGACUCCAAAUGUUGAUAGCUCCAAACAAGGGGAUUCUGUACAAGCUAUGAAACUGUAUUCUGAAACAGGAAACUUCUGUGGAUUCUGCGCUCACGAAUUUGAGCGACUCAAGAAAAUGGCAAAUGCUGCUUUGGCAUAUAAAUGUGUGGAAGUGGCAUAUAUGAAGGCUGCUUUCUUUAAAAGUCCUGGUGUAAUUAAAGAUAGGCAUGCAUUGCAGGCAGCAUCUUUGAUGGUUGCUCCAGCUGAGUCUCCAUCAUCUUCCGCUUCAGACAUCGAUAAUUUAAAUAACCAGAGCACAGUUGCUAAGGCUGUUUCUGCAAGGGGUGUAUACUCUCCUCAGAUUGCUAGCAACCCCAUAUCUCGGAACAAUCAUCACUUGAUGGGAUUGCUUUCUUAUGCAGAGGACAUAAAUAAUGCAUUUGAGGGAACCAGAAAAUCGCAAACUUCAUUUUCAGCUUAUCUUUCUGGUAUUGGAAAGAAUCAGGUGGAUGAAGUUGCUCUUGUAAGGGAAGUACUUGAUUUCAGUUUUCAUAAUGUCAAGGGAUUGCUGCAACUGAUUCGUCAUUCUUUGGAGUCUAUCAACCAUGAAAAUGGUAAAUAA